ACCAGGAAGUAACUUGUCAUUUCAAAGAAAACAAAACUGAUCUCUCUUUCUCUCUUGUUGCGAUUCAGGAAAAUGGCUGAGGCCAGUAUUUCAGUAGCUCAGGACCAGUUCAUGUGUCCAGUGUGUCUGGAUCUCCUGAAGGAUCCGGUGACUAUCCUCUGUGGUCACAGUUUCUGUAAGGUGUGUAUUAAUGGCUGCUGGGAUCAGGAGGAUCAGAAGGGCGUCUACAGCUGUCCUCAGUGCAGAGACACUUUCACGACAAGGCCUGUUCUACGCAGAAACAACAUGCUGGAUGAAGUGGUGGAGAAACUGAAGAAGACUGAAGUCCAAGCUGCUUCUCCUGCUCACUGUUACACUGGACCUGGAGAUGUGGAGUGUGAUUUCUGCACCGGGAGAAAACACAAAGCCAUCAAGUCCUGUCUGAUUUGUUUGACUUCAUUUUGUGAAAUUCAUCUGAAACCUCAUCUUGAACGUCCUGCUUUGAAAAAACACACAUUAAUUGAAGCCUCAGCAAAACUCCAAGAGAAGAUCUGCUCUGAACAUAACAAGCUGAUUGAGAUCUACUGUCGUACUGAUCAAACCUGCAUCUGUUAUUUGUGCAUGUUGGAGAAACAUAAAGACCAUGACGCUGUUUCAGUUGCAACAGAAAGAGCUGAAAAACAGGCACAGACAGCAGUGGAGGACAGUGAGAGGAUCUUUACUGAGCUGAUCAGCUCCAUGGAGAAAAAGCGCUGGGAGGUGACGGAGCUGAUCAGAGAUCAGGAGAAGGCUGAACUGAGUCGAGCUGAACGACUCCUGGAGCAACUGGAGCAGGAGAUUGCUGAUCUUCAGAGGAGAGUCACUGAGCUGGAGCAGCUUUCACACACACACGAUCACAUCUAUUUCCUCCAGGUUUUAGCUUCUGGACGUCGCUCUCCUCCAUUUCACAGACCAGAUUUUCACACAUCCAGUGUCACUGUCCAGCAUCUCUCAUUUGAUGGAGUGAGGAAUUCUCUCUCAGAACUGAAAAAGAGACUCGAGGAAUUCUGUGAGGAGGAAUUCAACAAAAUCCCUCCACAUGCUGCAGCAGUUCAGAUCAUUUCAGAGCCAGAACCACAGAGCAGAGAAGACUUUCUGAAAUAUUUCUGUUAUCUGACUCUGGAUCCCAACACAGCACAUCGUCGCCUCAUUCUGUCUGAGAAGAACAGAGCGGUGAGAGGCAGUGAGAGAGCGCAGCGUUACUCUGAUCAUCCAGAGAGAUUUGAUUACUGGUGUCAGGUGUUGUGUAAGGAGAGUGUGUGUGGACGCUGUUACUGGGAGGUGGAGUGGAGCGGUGAUGGUGCUGUGUUCAUAUCAGUCUCAUAUAAAGACAUCAGCAGGAAAGGACGGGGUAAAGAGUGUGGGUUUGGAUUCAACAAUCAGUCCUGGAGACUGUGCUGUUCUUCUUCUCUCUCUUUCUAUCACAACAGCAUUAAGACUGAUCUCAGAGUUCCAUCACCCUCCAGAAUAGGAGUGUAUGUGGAUCACAGUGCAGGAACUCUGUCCUUCUACAGCGUCUCUGACACGAUGAAGCUCCUCCACAGAGUCCACACCACAUUCACUCAGACUCUAUACGCUGGGUUUGGACCCUAUUGGUUUCCUGGUUCUACAGUGAGAUUGUGUGAUCCAGAAUAAAAGUGUGUAGUGUUUUCUGUAAAAUUCCUGCACGUUGCCACGUUGUUGCUCAGUCGUCUGUUUCACUAGAACACAAUCCAGCUGCACAAAAACACUCAUUUUAAUAUUUAGAUUAUAAAAUAUGCCGAUGUCGUGUUCAUCCCAUAUUCAGCCUGGAUGAUGAUUGGCCCGCAGAUAGAACCUUAUAAAUCCAGGUUUAUCUGUGAGUUUGGGAUUUUUAUUCAAAUAUUACAAUCAGAGCGUUGCAGAAUAAAAGAUAAGAGCACAGGAGAAUAAAGUUUCCCCCGGUGAUGGAGUUUCUGUGCUGAACUCAUUUUCAGACAGAAGCUUUUAAUACUGAGGUCAGGAUGUCAGCAAGCCGCUGUAUUGAUACGCAACGGGGUUUUUCUCCACUUUGGAUGGAUAUUUUUAGAUUAUUUAAUCUGUGGGAAAUAACUACAGUGUCUUAAAUAUGUGUUUGUGAAAAUCACUGUAAACCUACAACUGACUUUCCUCCAAAAAACAUCUCUUUUAAUGUUGUCAUAUAUUGUGUGUGUGAAUAAUGAUGAUAAAUCUGUCUCUGUGAACUGGAUCUGUCUGUGGUCUGACUCCUGAUUUAGAUUCUGAACGAUU